GUUAACCCCUGCUUGGCCGGGCGGGCCAGAGCUCCGUGGGCCGGAACCCAGGAGUCGGACUCCCCAGCCACACCCCUCGCGGGACUUAAAGGGGCCGGAGGGGCCGGAUCAGGCCGAAGUCCGAACCCAGGAAGCGGGCAUGAGGCGCUGCCCGUGCCGUGGGAGCCAGAGCGAGGCGGAGGCCGGGUUGCUGCCCCGAGCGGCCCGCACGAGCCUGGGACUGGAGGCGCCGCGAGCGGGGCGGCGGUGGCAGCCGGGACAGCAGCGACCAGGGCCCGGCGCAGGGGGCCUGGCAGGGCGGCCGGAGGGGGGCGGACCCCGGGCCCGGACUGAGGAGUCCAGCCUCCACACCGAGCCCGAGAGGGCCGGCCUCGGGCCUGAGCUGGAGACAGACGAUCCUCGGACAGAAUCCUGGACGGACGGACAGGCUGAACUGGAGGCAGCUGGCCUUGGAGGUGAGACCAAGAGGCCCAGGCAAAAGACAGACCCAGAUAGGUCCAGGCUCCUUUCACAUCCAGAAAGUAGCAGCCACUGGUUAGAGCUGGAGAGGGCCGGUGGUUGGACGCGGACUCGGAGAGAUGGCUUUUGGACUGACCCACACAGGUCUGACCUCCAGUCUCAGACAGAGAGGGGCAGUCUCCGGACACAGCCAGGGGUUGAUGGGCCCUGGAUAGAGAUAGACGGGCGGCAGAUCUUGCCAAAGAGGGACAGGUUCUGGGCUGAUGGCCUCUGGAUCCACCAGAACAGUUCCAGUGCCUGGACUCAGCUAGGGGGGGCCUGUCCCUCAACAGAGCCAAGUGCUGACAGCUCCUGCAAAGAAUUGUACACUGAUGGUCCCAGAACACAACAGGAUACUGAAGGCCCCCAGACAGAGCCGCAGGCUGUUGGAUCCCAGACACAACGGGAUUCGGAAAUAGCUUUCACACAGUCUGGCCCUGACAGUUUCCCAGUACAACAAGAUACCGAUGGCUUCUGGACACCGGCUAGCACUGAUGGACCACGGACAGAGCCUGGGACACACUGUCUUUCAGAAGAGCCCAACCGAGAUGCCCCAUUAGAGGAACCAGAGCCUGGGGAGUUGGUGACUCACCUGUACUCUCACCUGACGUGUAGACCCCUGUGCUCUGUUCCCCGCCUCAUCAUCACCCCUGAGACCCCUGAGCCUGAGGCCCAGCCGAUGGGACCCCCCUCCCAGUUUGAGGGGUGCAGUGGCGGCUUUUCCUCUGCCUCCUCUUUCGACGAGUCUGAGGAUGACGUGGUGGCUGGGGGCGGAGGUGCCAGCGACCCCGAGGACAGGUCUGGGAACAAGCCAUGGAAGAGGCUGAAGACAGUUCUGAAGUAUUCACCCUUCAUGGUCUCCUUCCGUAAACACUACCCAUGGGUCCAGCUGUCCGGACAUGCUGGGAACUUCCAGGCAGGAGAGGAUGGUCGGAUUCUAAAACGUUUCUGUCAGUGUGAGCAGCGCAGCCUGGAGCAGCUGAUGAGUGACCCCCUGCAGCCUUUCGUGCCAGCCUACUAUGGUAUUGUGGAGCAGGAUGGCCAGACUUUCAACCAGAUGGAAGAUCUUCUGGCAGACUUUGAGAGCCCCUCUAUCAUGGAUUGCAAGAUGGGCAGCAGGACCUAUCUGGAGGAGGAGCUAGUGAAGGCGCGAGAACGGCCCCGGCCCCGGAAAGACAUGUAUGAGAAGAUGGUGGCUGUGGACCCCGGGGCCCCUACCCCUGAGGAGCAUACCCAGGGUGCAGUGACCAAGCCCCGCUACAUGCAGUGGAGGGAGACUGUGAGCUCCACCUCCACCCUGGGCUUCCGGAUCGAGGGCAUCAAGAAAGCUGAUGGGACCUGCAACACCAACUUCAAGAAGACACAGGAGCUGGAGCAGGUGACAAAGGUGCUGGAGGACUUUGUGGAUGGAGAUCGUGGAAUCCUGAGAAAGUAUGUGGCCCGCCUAGAAGAACUUCGUGAAGCUCUGGAGAAGUCCCCCUUCUUCAAGACCCAUGAGGUGGUGGGCAGCUCCCUCCUCUUUGUGCACGACUGCACCAGCCUGGCCAAAGUGUGGAUGAUCGACUUCGGCAAGACGGUGGCCCUGCCUGACCACCAGACACUCAGCCACCGGCUGCCCUGGGUUGAGGGCAACCGAGAGGACGGCUACCUCUGGGGCCUGGACAACAUGAUCCACCUCCUUCAGGGGCUGGCGCAGAGCUGACACACCCACCCACUGGCGGACUUAGUUAUUGGAUGGUGCCAGUCUGGCUAGAAGAACCCCAAGAUGCCAUGGGGGGCUGAGGUUUGCAACGAGGGAGCUGAUCCCAGGGACACAAGAGGUUGUAUUUGUUGCACACCGCACAAGACCAGUGUGGGAAGCCUGAAGAGCCUUAGAGACUGGGUAGCACCAGCCCUUCUGUCAUAUGGGAUUGUAAGGACCCACGAAGGGAGCCUGACAUAACUGAUUCUCACAAUGAGUCAGGAGAACCAGAAUGGAUCCCCUGAUCAGUGAGGGAGGUUUCUGAGGGCCUGUUGGAAGCCACCGCAAAACCACACUGUUCUCAGAGAACAGUUUAGAUGUCACAGGGUGCAGGCUUCACACCGGGCCUGGCUACACCCGUUAAGUGACACACUGGCUCCUUGUCAGCCCUCCCUGAGGCCAACAACUGGCUUGGGCUCCUCUUUGGUUCCCCAGGAGACCGGGUGUCGUGUGAACAGAUGCAGGAGUAGCCUCUGUCUGCCUGGGGGGAGAGAGUUAAGCCCAAUCUCCUCGCCUGGGGGCCAUUCCUGUGCUGACUGACAGGCUAAGGAGGGCAUGCCCACAGGCCGGUGCAUGCAGGCCGGAUGGGGGGCCUGGUUCACCACCACUCCUGCCCUAGCAUGGUCCCCGCUGGCAGAUCCUCCCUGCUGACCUAAGCCACAGCCACACCCAAGCCUCCAAACCAACACUGUGACCAAACAGCCCCGUUCCUCAGUGCACUGCGUCCAGCCUCAGGUAUUACCCCUCCUGCCCAACCCUACCCUGCCUGUAAAGCUGCAGUGGCAGGAAACGGUUUCAGAGACAAGGGGGCAGGCUUCCUCCUUGGGAGUGGGAGCUGCCCCUGCGGAGGACCCCAUCCUGUCCUUGGCUCCUACAGUGUAAGGAGUGCCGGGCUGGGGCCAGGGCACAGGCUGGGCAGCUCACUGGCCAUGACCCUGGGCUUGCAACCCAGGCCAAACCAAAGACCCUGGACCUCUGACGUGUAGCAAACGGCCCCUCUAGCUGCUCUCUCUGGCCCUCUAGGGUGGUCUGGGGGAGGAUAGACACCUACCUCUACCCUAAGCUGAAGCUCUAACAUUGUUCUCCAGAGCUAAGAAGAUGACUUCCUUUUCUACUGAUCUUUGUACUUAUUUAUAAAAGACACAUAGUCAUCAGGUGGGCUGGCACUGAGGCAAAAAAAAAAAAAGGAAAAUGGCUUUGCCGUGCCUUACCCCCACACGAUGCCCCAAUAAAUAGGAUAUUCAGAAUCA